CAGUUAAUCUUUUAAUCAGACAUAAUUUUAUCAAUGGUUCAUUUGAAUGGUUGAAAAUAUUUUCUGUUGCUAAUGUUAUUGAUCCAAAACAUGGCUUUCUUGAUGUUCUUCUUGAUGGAAAAUAUAAAUCAAGAGGUAUGGAGUUGUUUAUUAAAAAUGUUGAGGAACAUGUCAAACCAUAUAUUGAUAAUAUUGAGGAUAUAGAUAUUUAUGUGAAAAUAGCUGAGGUAAUUAUUAUUAAAAUUUCAUUUUCACCUUUAUUAACAAUGUGGGAUGAUAUAAUUAUUCACAGAACAGACAGACUUCGACAAAUAUUCUUUGACAAUAUCAAAAAUAAUCUUUCUCAAGAUAACCCAUAUCAAUUGUAUCAACAAAUCAUAGCUCUUCCUGAAGAAAUGCAAAAUAAACAUUUUGGAAUAUUUUCUCAAAAAUGUUUAAGCAUGUUGAAAAAUUCAAGAAAACAAUGGGGAAGUGAGCAGAUUAAAUCUAUAAUGUUUUUUUUGCAACGAUUUAAAUGGGACAAAGAAGAAUUUCUUGAUGCACUUGAUAAUAUUUCUAAAUCAACAGAUUUGUCUUUAUUACAAGCUUUUCCUGAACCAUUGGAACACUGUUUUAAAACUUUUAACAACAUCAAACAAUCAAAAAUUUUGCAAAUUUGUAAUCAAUGGUUUGAACAAAUUAUAGAUGUUACUCAUCAAAACAAAGCAAUGUAUUCUAAUGAAGAUAAAUUUAUCACAAUUGUAUUUAGUAUCUUACAUGAUAUUUAUCCUACAAUUGGUGUUAGGAUCAAUAUUUUUAAUUCUUUGGUAGAUUGUGCAGUCAAAAGAGUAAGUCAAUCAUCAGAAAAUGCUAUUUAUAAAGCAACAUGUUCAAUUGCUAAAUUUCCAGAACAAAUUUAUACAAGAUAUUUUCUUGUGGUGAAAGAAACUUUAGAAAAAUCAUCAAUAAGUCCCAACCAACAAUUAAUUCAAAAGAUUCGAGAAAUUUGUGGAUGUAAAAAAGGUGAUAAAAAACUCAACAUCCCAAAUCAAUUAUGUGAACUUAUAAUGAUCUUUAUAAUGAAAAAAUUACAAGGUCAAAAUACUUUAAAUAAUGACUCUGAAUAUUAUGUCAAUUUAUUUCAAUCUAAAGAAUUUUGGGUAAUGAUAUUUAAUGCAACUGGGUCAAUUGAACAUUUACAUUCACAUGAACUAGUUUUACAUUAUAAACAAUCAAUUAAUGAUUUAGCAGAACUAAUUUCAGAUGGAAAUAUUAAUUUCACAUUAUUGAAAAAAUUAAUUGUCAACAAUGAUGAAAAUUUUAUUCGAAUUUUCAAUUCUGCAGCUACUGAUAAAAAAUUUGGUUCAUCAGUUAUUAUGACAAAAACCAUACUAGAUAAUGUUAAAAAAGAAAGCAAAAAUUAUGAACAUAGGUUGGAUUGUCUUAGCACAUUCUAUAUUGGAUUUUGUCAAAGUGAAAAAGUAACUGAUGUACAUGAUUAUAUUAAUAAUUUGGAAGAGAAAAUGAAAUCUUUAACAAAAAUUAAAUUUAAUGAUAUUUUACAACCUGAUCAUUGGGCAUACCAUGAUAAAAUCUCAAAAGUUGCAGAAUCUGUUUAUAGAUAUAGAAACUCCCAAACCUUUAAAAACAUUUUCGAGUUGAUCUUAAAAAAAGAUGAAACCACACCUUUAACAGUUGAAAUUUUAGCUACUAAGCUAAUUCCUAAAACAUUUGAGGAAUAUGAAAAAUCAUGUAAAGAAUACAAAAAUUGGGAAAAAUUAUCAUGCUCAGAUGCUGGUGAUUUUUGGAAAGAU